GAUUCAAAGACCCGAAUAUGUAGCCGAAAUGAUGAGUCUUGUGCGCUUGCUGCAAGAAAGGAAAUGGAAGUAAAUGUUGUAGAAGAAGAAGUUACAGCAAACACCGUACUCAAACCAAAAUGUAAUUGCCUCCCAGGAUGCAGUGAAAUAAACUACAGAACUUAUUUGUCCUCUAGCAAUAUAGCUCCUGAAUUCACAUUCUCUACGGAUUAUAUAGCAGACUCAAAUUUGACAUAUUUCAAAAAAAACAUGGCAAUUGUACAUUUAUUCUUUGUUGAAUCACAAUACACAAGUCAUCUGAAAGGCGAAUUGUUCGGUUUUACUGAGUUCCUAUCAAGUACCGGUGGACUUCUUGGCCUCUUUAUGGGCUUCAGCUUCAUGAGCCUUGUGGAAGUUGUGUAUCAUAUCACACUCCGUCUCUGGUGUGCUGUCCGCAAGAACAGAAGAAAUCUCCACUUAGAGCAGCAAUCCAAUGUUAAUAUGCAACCUGCGUAUGCAAUUUAUCCAUUCACUCAAUGAUUUAAAUUUCCACCUAUUUAUUGAAGCUCUUUCAACUUACACUCUGCUUACUACUAGCUGUGCACCAAGAAACAAGGGUCGAACAAAUGUCAUGAAAAAUAAUGAAGCACAAGAAAAACAUCGAAAUACACUUGGCUUAGUCAGGCAUUAAAGGAAGGCAACUCAGAGUCUAUCAAAUAAGUCUAAAAUUGAGUUUAUUGCACACUUAUAGUCCAAAUUACACUUAACUUUCAUUUGUUUAAAUGUGAUAUCCCGAUUUGUUUGCGCUAUCGUUUAAAAUGUAUAAGUAUUUAACGCUUGUCGUUCACCAUAGGCAGAAUUUGUAUUACAUCUUCACAACUUCCAUACAUUUCACACUUUCACAUUAACCCGUUGGUGAUCCAAUGAUCCCUCAGAGAAUACAAGAUUCUAAAAUUUUAUCAGUUUUAAAUUUGUUUAUUUUACAAAUUAAUAAAAAAUUUGGAGCAAGCCUCC